AUGGACAAAUUGGAGUAAAAUGCUAUAACUUAAUUAUUAAAUUUAGAAGAUAAAGAUAUUCAAAAUACAUGGGAGCUGAAUUCUCCUAUUCAAAUACACAAGAGUAGGUCUUAAGUUUAAUUGAGACCAAAAAAAAUUUAUUAACCAAUUGAAUAAAAAAAAAGGAUUGAUGCAAAUCAUGAAUAUCAUUUUGAUAAAUUUCCUAAAAUUUAUUAAUAAGAGCAUUCCUUCAAAUCUUUAAUGGAAGAUUAUUUCAAAUAGUUGAAUUAAAAACAACUCAAUUUUAAAAAGGAAAUCUAAAAAUCUACAAGGCUUCGGCAUAGUUCAUACUUUGCAGAAGAAAUCCCUAAUAGAAAAAGUAAACAUUCUUGUCAUGAAAUUCUUGUUUAAGAUAAUUUGUUAAAUAAACAAAUAAAGUUAUCAGAUUUAUGUAAAGAUAUUAUGAUUUACAAACCAUUAAAAAAAUCAUCUUAUUUUCCAAGAUUAUAACCAAGUUUCCAUUUAAAGUGA